UUUUACCUGCAUACACCUAUGUAAUCGCGCCAGCUACAGCAGGCGAUUCGGUAACCUUUGCGCGCCCGUGCCUUUGCAGAGUGGCAUGCACUCAUUUGUGCGCCUGUUGACCCGGCUCCUCAUCAACCCAAUGAGCGCCGUGGAGGGGAGGCUCUCUUCGCCACCAUACAUCUCUCCUCCAUCUCCUCCUCACUUUUCCAGUCGGCCAGCAAGCCUGUCGGAGCUCUUAACUACAACCCCAACACUGUCACUUCGCUUUGACUAACUGCAGGAAGGAUUUCUAGCCUCUUGUCUCUCCGCUUCUCACUCCUUUUCUCACCGCCUCGAAUUAAACGAUUUGGACUUUUUCGUGCAUUUUGAGGAAAAAAUGGUGAAACGAUGCAGCAGCGGGAAAUGAUGCAAGUCUCUUUGGUGUCCCCCUCGGAAUAAUGCCAAAUGGAUGCUGUGCUGAGUGCCUCACCCCCUCACCAACUGCUAUGGAGGCAUGCCAAGCCACGCAAGUGACCUUUAUCACACCAUGAAUGCAAGCUCUGCUGUUCAAAGAGGACACAAGUAACCUUUUCUUGUUAUCUCAGACGGAGCAGUUGAUCUGAAAGGAGGAGGGGGAGACUAGAGGCCAAGAGAGAAGAGUCUCAUAAAACAAACAAACAAACAAACAAAUAAAACAUACAACGGCAGGAUGCCAAAACAGUCCGAGGAAAUGCUCAUGGAUUUGUGGAUGCCAAUGCUGUUGGUGUGGAUUACUUGUGUUUCCUGUGUGUCUGUGACUCCUAUCGUAGGCCAGUCCAACAGUACACAAACUGAUGGGUCUGCAGCGAUGGCGAGCAGUCUUGGCGAAGGACAAAGAUUACUGAGCCGUGCCAAGAGAGGCUGGGUUUGGAAUCAAAUGUUUGUGCUGGAGGAAUUUUCUGGACCCGAUCCAAUUCUAGUUGGCAGGCUACACACAGAUUUGGAUGUGGGCAACAAGAACAUCAAGUAUGUACUAGCAGGUGAGGGGGCAGGCACCAUCUUCGCCAUCAAUGAAUUAACAGGCGACAUCCACGCCAUGAAGAGGCUGGACCGUGAAGAAAAGGCUGAGUACACACUAACAGCCCAGGUCAUUAAUGCUGAUACCGACGAACCCUUGGAGCCACCAUCUGAGUUCAUCAUCAAAGUCCAGGACAUAAAUGACAAUCCACCACAGUUCACUGAAGGCCCAUACCGAGCUUCUGUUCCAGAAAUGUCUGCUGUUGGUACCCCAGUUACCCGGGUAACAGCUACAGAUGCCGAUGAUCCAGUGUAUGGGAACAGUGCUAAACUGGUCUACAGCAUACUGGAGGGACAACCAUAUUUCUCCAUAGACCCCAACUCAGCAACCAUAAAAAUUGCUCUCCAUGGGAUGGAUCGGGAGAUGAGAGAGGAGUACCUAGUUGUCAUUCAGGCUAAAGACAUGGGAGGUCACAUGGGGGGCUUGUCUGGAACUACGACAGUCACCAUCACACUAACAGACAUCAACGACAACCCGCCAAAAUUUUCUAAAAGUUUAUACGAGUUUGUAAUUCCUGAAGACCUGCCGACAGGGAAAAUGGGCGGCAAGGUGAAGGCAAAUGAUAGGGACAUCAGCGAGAAUGCUAAAUCAACAUACAGCAUUAUUGAGGGGGACGAGCAAGGCAUGUUUGAGAUUAUUACGGAUACACAGACACAAGAAGGGAUUCUCCGACUGAAAAGGCCGUUAGACUACGAGAGCAAGAGAGCCUACACACUAAAAGUCGAGGCCACCAACAUCCGCUCUGAGCCCACCAGUGGUGGGCCCUUCAAAGACACAGCCACAGUGAAGAUUGUGGUGGAAGACUCCGACGAGCCUCCUGUUUUCUCCAAACCCAUGUACUUACUGGAAGUGAAUGAGAACGCUCCCAUCAACACAGUCAUUGGGACAGUCACUGCCAGGGAUCCGGACGCUACUGGGAGCCUUGUCAGGUACUUCAUCGAUCGGCACACAGACCUGGAGAGACAGUUCAACAUCAACGUGGAUGAUGGGAAGAUCACACUGGCUAAACCGCUGGACCGAGAGACGGACAUGUGGCACAACAUCACAGUAACCGCUACAGAAGUCAGAAAUCACAGUCAGAUAUCGAGGGCAAUUGUGGCCAUCAGAGUAAUGGACAUUAACGACAAUGCUCCUGAAUUUGCCACAGAAUAUGAGGCUUUUCUGUGUGAAAAUGGAAAACCUGGACAGGUGAUUCAGACAGUCAGCGCAGUGGAUAAAGACGAUCCGGUCCAGGGCCACUAUUUUGACUAUCGUCUAGUGCCAGAGAUGCUCAACAACCCCAAUUUCACCAUAAAAAACAAUCAAGACAAUUCAAUCAGUGUUCUAGCCAAGCAUGACACCUUCCGACGACAGAAACAGGAGAUGUACUUUCUGCCAAUCAUUGUGACAGACAAUGGGAAUCCACCAAUGAGCAGCACCAACACCUUGACCAUCCGAGUCUGUGGGUGCAGCAAAGAUGGCAUUGUCCAGUCCUGCAACGUUGAAGCCUACAUCUUACCUAUUGGUCUUAGCAUGGGAGCGCUCAUUGCCAUCCUGGCCUGCAUUAUACUCCUUUUAGUAAUAGUAGUUCUAUUUGUGACCCUGAGGAGACACAAGAAUGAGCCUCUCAUUAUCAAGGAUGAUGAGGAUGUGAGAGAGAAUAUUAUCCGUUAUGAUGAUGAAGGAGGGGGCGAGGAGGAUACAGAGGCAUUUGAUAUUGCCACGCUGCAGAACCCAGAUGGCAUCAAUGGUUACUUACCACGCAAAGACAUCAAGCCUGACCUGCAGUUUAUGCCCCGGGCAGGCCAACACUCAGGCCCCAAUGGCGUGGAUGUAGAUGAAUUCAUCAACAUUCGGCUCCACGAAGCAGACAAUGAUCCUACAGCACCACCUUAUGACUCGAUCCAGAUCUAUGGAUAUGAGGGCCGGGGAUCCAUUGCUGGCUCCCUCAGCUCACUGGAAACGGCAUCAUCGGACUCGGAUCAAAACUAUGACUAUCUCAGAGAGUGGGGCCCACGCUUCAGAAGACUUGGGGAGCUCUACUCUGUGGGCGAGAGCGACCGUGAGACCUGACCUUUGGUUUGUUAGAAAAAAAAAAGACUUUUCAGAUUUUUUUUUCCUGUCCACAUACUUGUGUAUUAAAUGCUAGGGGGUUUGCUGGCUUUUAGAAACAUGUAAAAAAAAAAACAGUUAAGGGAGAGCCACCUUUUUAUAUUCUUUUUAGAGUGAGGUAUAGCAGUUGUCAUCCACUACGUCAAGCGCAUUGUAAUUGUUGAGCCAAACAAUGUCUUUAUUAGGAGAUCUAUGAUACUUGUGGAGUGUAACUUAGAUUCCGUUGUGGAGUGUCUAGCAGUAUUUUGGGUGUUAGUCAUUUGCUGUGACUGCCAGUAGCAGAAAAACCCUGGAAUCGCUGGUAGUUGCCCAAUGAAAGAAAUAAUGGAUAUUGCUUGGUUCUCUGAAGCUUGAGUAGACACCAUACUCCAUGUUUCGUGGACGGCAAGCUGGACUACAGAAGCUGCAGAGGGACUCUUGUUUCACGUUUCCCUAAGCUGAUUGGUGAUCUGAAACAAUGAAAAAGCAAUAUAUGGUCUACAUUAUAAUGAUGAAUGUAUGUAUGAUUUGAAAAAAGCAAAAAGACAAACCAGUAUUGGCUUUAGGUGAAUUUGUUAUUAUUUGAUAUGUUAUCUGGUGGCUACAUUUAUAAACUAUCUAAAGCCCAGAAAGGCUUGCUUUAUACAACUCUUUGUAUUUACACGCUACAGGUGUGGGUUGCAAGUGUUACUAGCCUAUAAAAGACUGAAAUUAAGACAAAAAAGAGAAAUGUAGAAACUCUGAGGCCUUCUUUUUACAGAAGCAACAUUAAAUACAAUUGUAAUCUACAGUUUUUUGACAAGAAAUGUGUUGAUUAUUCAUUAUUGUUCUGAGUUUCUGUAUAUCUGUUCUUAUUUUUUUCCCUCUGUGCUGACAAUUUAAAGUGUGUGCUUAGAUUAUUUCACAUGCAGCUGUUUUUUCAACCAUUUGAACACUAUUUCAUAACAGCCAAACCAUAUUGCAAAUCUAUUCCAGAUGACCUAGACUAGAUCUAAGUGAGAAAAACAAGAGCUCUAAGUUACUGUAACAAUGCAGAUGAUCUAUUUAAUUGGGACUGUAGGACCUUUUUGAAACAUGCUAAUUCUGUGUAACAUAUCUCUCAUAAUAUAUUUCGAGGUACAUCCAGUGACCAUCUGAGCACAAUAAUCCAAUUGAUAUCCGAGUAUGUGACUCCCUCCAAACAUCACACCUCAUUUAGGAAAAACAGAUCACAUUAUCCCCAAGAAAAAUUAAGACAAAUACAGACCAUGUGCAUAAUGUGCUUACACUGUAUGAUAUAAAAAAAGACAUGUACUGUACAUAGAGUUACUGCUAACGUCAUUAGCUUUCAAUGAGGUGGUAGGUUUUGUCUCUGCACGUUAGCUCUUGCACAUAAUGAGAAUUUCAACGACACUACAGCUGCGUGCAUACUCAGUUUGUACUGAUACAGUAUUAUGGCAGUUCUUGGUAGACUAAACAAUAUAUAUGGAAUAGUCCUACAUGCAGAUCAUAUUUUCUACUGUGCUUUAAUGCUUAUAAAUGUGUAUGUUCAAUUAUUUACUCCCGUACUGUAAUCCAAGAU